GAAAAACUACAUACGUAUAAGCAUACGAUAGUUGACAGCAAUCAUGUCUAACCGUCUCGUGGAAAUCUCCUCCGAAAAUUGGCCCGAAUUGCGCGAUUUGUUCCGUUCAAAUUGGCCUGAACAUGUGUUUGCCUAUGGAGUAGUUAACAAUUAUUGGAACUGGAAACAGCAACCUACUAAGAAGAAUCACUACCCAACAUCGGAAGUGCAAAUUUUCUCCCUCAAUGGAUCGUGGCGAGAGAAUGGUACAUUUUUGUUGUUCGAUCAUUUUGAAAUCUACUUCUACUCGUGUGAUUCAACCUCUGGAUAUGCUAGUUUAACAGAAGCGCUACUACUAGUAGAUUGGACUAAAUAUACCGAAGUUAGUAUGGACUUUGUCGAGAUGCAUCGCAUUGCACUGGAUCGGGUUAUCUCUGCGAAGAGAUUAGCAAUCGUGAACGAUGAAGUAACUAACUUUUACUACAUGCCGAAAGAGAACGCUUCUUCUUUGGAAGUAAAUCUACCAGAAAGCUAUCACAUCGAUCGAAUAUCCCUGGAUCAACUGGACUACGUUUAUCACCAGUGGCCACUAAAGGACAGUAUCAGUGCUACCGCAGGUUACAAUCUUCUGGAACGACUCAUCUUGUUGAAUGAUAGUGUUGGGCUUUUUGAUGAAAGGGAUAAUCUUAUUUCCUGGUGCUUACGGGAUCAAACAGGAGCGUUUUCGGAUUUGCAGACAUGUCAAGCACAUCUACGGAAAGGAUAUGCCCGAAUGGUGAUUAUGGAAUUCGCGAGACGAUUGGCAGCCAAAGAAGAUGAUUCGUAUGCGUUUGUUCUUCGCAGUAACGUGAAAUCCUCUCAGUUGUUUGAAUCGAUUGGAUUUCAGAAAAUUACACAUCUGCAUUGGGUUGUUAUACGAAACGCAAAUUAAAAUUGUGAAUUGCAGAGCUGGUAUCAGGUUUUUAUUUAAAGACUUGGUCAUAGCUGAGCAGCUGAGAUGCAGGGUCUGUCCCUGUGAGGACGUAAUGCCAAAGAAGAAGAAGAUGGAUCAAUCAAGUAUAAUAAAGUUUAUUUACGCCAGCAAAAA